ACAGAUUUUCUCACAAGACGUCUUAAGACCACAUCAUUGACGUUUUUGUUGCUCUGCUGGUAAAAUAUCAGAACCGUAGCAGCUGAAAUAAGGAGCUUAUUCCAAACUGUACAAUGAGCCCGCUGGCUGAAGGAGGACACCUUGGCACCAGACAACAGACACAUGAUGCUGGCACUCAGUUGUCAUCGAGCGUCAGAACGCCUGGCACAGGCCAGAUCGUCCCCGUGUGCCUCCCCCUGGUCUCUGCGGCUAAUAAGUUUGUAUGGGUUAACUCAAACCAGUUAGAACUGCCGGCGGAUUCGGUCGCAGAGCUGAUCAAAGCCUUUGACAAGUUUCCGUAUCUGACACAGAAGCAGACCGUUGAGCUGGCCCAGCGCAGCUCCCUGCUCCAAGACCAGGUGAAAGUGUGGUUCAUGGCGAAGAGGAUCGAAUUCGGUAUCAGCUGGGACUAUGAAGACAUCUGCUACGUCUGGGACAAGUACAGAUCCAAGAAGAAAGAUGACGAAGAGAACAGGGAAGGCCAAAACGAGGUGGAUGAAGAGAUGCAAGGAAGCAAACGAAAGAAAAAGAUUCCAAAAGAUAAGGAAGAAGAGUCUGGUGAGGAGACAGGAGGAGAGGAAAAGAACCCAAAAGAGGGAACAGCGAUGGCACAAGAGGUGAGCGCUAAUGAGAAUCUCGAGAGAAACACACGAAAAAAACAAAAACUAGAUUCAAAGAUAGACAAGGGUCGAAAGAAGUCGGUGAAGCAASGUAACGACAACGAGGGAGACAAAAAACUGGAGAUGAAGAUGGAUAAAAGUGAGAAUAAGGGUCAAGCAUUCUCUGAGUCUGAGGGAGAAGAUCUCGAAAAGAAAAAACAGAAAGCUAUAAAAAAACAAAUGAAGACUGUCAGCGAGAGUCCCAGUGAGCCUGUAGUCCCACUGAGCAGAACUUCUGUUCUCAAACCUCCAAUCCAAACUGUAAACAGCGUUGCUGUGACUGAGAGCCAGGCAGAUCCACAGCACAGCGCUGACGCUCCCUCCACCCCUACGAACGUCCGCUUUAAGGACAAACUUGAAGCCUUGGCUGGUCUGCAGGAUGGCCUGCACACAGAGGCGUCAGUCUCAGAUAUUUUUGUCACAGACGUAGGCAAACUGAAGGAGCUCACCUCGAUUACUGGUCUCACGCCUGCAGACGAUCCCCCCACUCCGAUCAAACAGGACGCAGACAAACACGGCGUUUACUCCUCAAACCGCAACAAGACGUACACUCAGCUGGCGAUGCUCAAAAUGGCUUUCUUGUGCUGCCAGUACCCAGAARGCGAGCAGUACACCUGGCUGUCAGAGCUGACAAAGAUUCCCCGCACCGACAUAGUUCAGUGGUACGGUGACAUGCGCUACGCCCUGAAAAGAGCAAAGCCCCGCUGGAUGUCUGACGAGCAGUUCAAGCAGACGCUGGGCAAUAUCAAGUAUCACCAGAACAUACACAAGCUGAACAAUUCAACGGAUGGGCCAGGCCACAUGACCAUGAUGAAGAUGCUCCAGUUGUUCAAAGGCUUUCAGGAGAAAGAAAAGAAAGAAGCCUCAGAGGUAAAGUUUUAAUGACUAAACACRAGAGCGGUUCAUCCUCCCUGUUAUAUUAAAAUGUUUGAGAAAAGGCGGAAGACAAGGCUCUUACGUUGUUGUUAUGUUUCUGACAAAUUUGAUAUCACUGAACAAGUUUAUUACGUGUUAAAUGUUCUACAGAUUUGCACUGAYGACUUUUAUUUGUGCUUGGCAAACACUUUUUUUUUAAUUACAGUUCCACUAAAAUGCUUCUGAAUGUGAAUCGCUUUGUGAUUCAUUGCAUUAAAACCUUCACAAAUAACAAUUUCAGAUACAUAAAUAUUUUUCAAAGAACACGUUAAGAGUUUCAGAGCUGAACAGAAAUAAUUGCACUGUUUGGCUUGUUAUAACAUGCAAAAGCAGGAGAGAAACAUUAAAUCAGCAGAAAACAAAAACCUUCAAGGAUUUAAUGUAAAAUAUGUUGCAUAAAAACAAUACAACAUUAGUAAUAUUUUGACAUUCAUUCUCUUAUCCAGCUGUACAUAUAGUUUAAUUUUACAACUUGUGAUUAAAAAAUGUAUUACAUUCAUAGCUGUUAAAUUUGGGAAAUAUCAAACCGUUUGUUGCACACAGUUAAGUAUACCAGGUUAAUUGGCAUUCCACUAAACUUCAGUCUUCAAGGUCAGAGUUUUAAGACAGGCAUGAUAUGUGUUUUAGGCUACAUAUUUGGGAUUGUGAUCAGAUAACACAUUCUGUCACAGUGUAGAAAACAGGUAACCACAGUUAAUCCCCAAAUAAAACACAACAGAAUACAGCUAAUUAGAAUACAAAUUUCCCCUCAACAUUUUUUAYUCAGAAAUACGCAAAUAUUACACUCAUUUUAUGUCAGAACACUGACCUCAAAUAGGACGUGAGUGAACUACAAG